UCGUUCGUCAAGCUCGGAGUGUUUGUUCGUUUGUUUGUCACGCUCAUGCCACUUUCCCGGAUACUUGCUUCGAGCGCUAGUAUCGUCCGGGUUUCUUGACUGUCUGAUAAAAUAUAGCCGCUGGAGCAAGCAGCUUUUAGACUCGCGUCCGAUUAUUACGUCAAAGAUCGGCAAUUGAUUUUGUCCGUACGUACAUACAUCUCGAUGUUUUAAGAUUUCGUAAUUCGUAGGCGACGCCUAUGCAGUACCUGUCUAUAGUCUGCACAGUUCAGCUCAGCUAGCGCCCACUGUUGGAAUUUGUCGCCGUGGAGAGCAGCAGUGUUUACUUUGAUUAUAUCACACACGGGCCCACAAUGCCAUUGUUUUGGCCAUUGACGAUAGUGUGCGCGUAUAAGUGCUUUUGUUUUCACAACGUGUCACACUGACGGCAUAGUGGUGUAGAACGGUGUGGGAACUGAGUCUGCGCGUGUAGGAAACGGAACGAAACGUUGUGCAAGUGGUAGAGAGGGAGAGAACGCGAGCGGGAGUACCUUUUUCGCAAAGGUGCGAAUGGCAGCGUUAAUGAAAGAAAAACAAACGUAGCUAGUAACAACGGUGAGCAGGAAAAUAAAUAAGCAGAAAAGUAAGGUUUUUUUUGGGAUUGGCGAGGGCUGUCAAUCGAAAUGUCACGAAACGAGGAAACGUAAACGAUCUAACCCGUGAUGAUUGUACGCGUCACGAUGACAGUCGCUGGCUGUAACCAACACAAGUCGCGCAAGCUAGUGAGCUGUGUGCACACCGAGCGCUACAACAGUUGCACACGUUUGAGUAUGUAUUGAUUUCUAAUAAACUGCAGGUCACCUGGCGCUAGCUCGAAUAUUGUUUUACAGUCGGCGAAGACGUCGCUAGUGCAACAGAAUUUCGCGCCGCCGAUGUUGAGGUGAAGUUUGUGCCGCAAUCAUGCUGAUGGCGUGGAAUGUGUUUUUUGACCCGGCCUAACAGGUUUCUGAUUGUUUACGGAUUUAGGGGUAAACCAGUGUGAGUUGCGAUAGCUGACGAGACAAUCUCGGUGGUGAGCUAUUAUUGUCUAGAGGCGAAAAAGGGCUGAGGAGCUGAGUGCAGAAGGCGAUUUAAAUUGUGCUGAAAACGCAAGUAGUGUAAUUGGUACGAAAUACGGUGGAAAAGACGAAACGACAAAAGUGAAAGGAAAAUGAUCCUAUGUUGUGAAGCUGAAGAGGAAAAAAGUGCACGCAACCAUUGAUGAAAAAUAACCGAAAAGUGUGUACCGAGUAUGAACCGAGUGAAUCGGUGAACGGGCGAAGCAAACAAAAAUAAAAUAAAAAGUGUUAAAGGUCGGCUUCAACACAGAGGCACAAAUAAAUGAUAAAUUAAGGGGAUCAAAGAGUGCAUUAAUCGUUCGUCGAAAAAUAAAGUUGACGGUCAGUGUGACAGUGAGUUGGUUAGCGCAGUUGAGCCAAAGUCGUGCAUUGAAUUCAAGAAUAUGCUACAAGCAGAUGCAGUUGAAUGGAUAUGGAACAAUAAAAUUUGAAAGGUAAUUUGGCAAAAAAAUCCUCUUCAACCGCUCGCGACGUCGUCAUUGCGCCUGGCCGGGAAGUGGUAUGAUGCGCUAUACCGAAUGGAAAAAAUCAUCUUCCUGAGAAACCAGUUUGGUUUAUUAACAAAAUGGCUAGACAAAGGGGCGGCUGCCGCUCAUUUUCUGUGCCAGUGAUUCCCCAACCGAUCUGCCGUUCCAAUUCAGUAGCUUCCACGACAAACAACGAAACCAUUUGCAGCAUCAGCCGGAUCGCUGCGGUGGCCUUAUUCCCGUUCACCCAAAACAACAACAACAACCACAAUGACAACGACGAUAGUACCUUCCGGGCCUCCGUCGCCCCAAGCACCCGCACCGGUUGUGGUUUUGCGCUCGAAAAUUCCACCCGCGUCGGUUGUUGAUCAUCAGAAUCUCACCCCACCCGUGGUGGGUGGUGUUCGUUUGGCCGAAAACCGCACCAAUUCACCCUCUCUGAAGACUCUGCACAGUGAUUUAAGUGAACUGCUGGUGAAGAAUCUGAGCCUUAAACGGGGUGGUGAUAACUGUACGGAAAAGUGUCCCACCAGUGGGGGAGGCUUGGGUGAAGAUCUGCUGACGGGUAGCAGCUGUGAGCCGUGUGAAAAUAGUGAUUGUGAUAGUUUGAAUCUAAUCCAAAACCGAAAGUCGAAUCGUAACUCGCUGUGCGAUACGUUCAGUUCCGUCAACAAGCUUAUUAAAUUGAAGCGGGUCUCUAGUGAUAGUAGCUGUAUUAGUGGUUACUCAAAAGUGCACUGCGGGGAAUUGCAUAGCAUUAAUCCUCCGCCCCAGGCAAAGUUCAAACGAGUUGAAAUCAGUGUUCAAGAGUUUUCCAACGAAGUUGUUGUUCCACGUAAGAAUAUCAUAGUGAAUCAGUUCGAUCAGAUAGCGCUGGAUGAAGGUGACAGUGUACCUCUGUUGUGUGAUAGAGAGCUAGUGAUCCGGGCUGCUGGCGAGGGUGAAGGUUGGCAGCAGCAGCGGAAUCCGGUGAAGAAAGAAUUUUCCACUGAGGUUGUAAGGCUUGAGAGUUGUGAUAGUGGCUUAGAUAGUAAGGUUCGUCGAAGAAUUCACCACCCGGCAAGGAGUCGGGGUGGCACUACGCUGGAGUCUGUUGAAGAGAAACUCUUCAAACGGAGGAGCCUGCAGUGGCCAGUGGGAUUGGCUGAGUGGAGCGGUACCGUGACGACGACGUCGACGUCAACCAUUCCGGAGGAAGCGGGGGACGGUGUUGGCGAGGAACGGAAGGGACGAACUAAUUUUAGGCAUUCUUGGAACGCCCCCGGGUACGAUUUGUUGUUGGAGGAGGAACGAGGAGCCGAUUCGCGGAAGGACUUUGCAUCGAUAGUGCACAAUCUGGCUGGUCUACGGAGUGCCCUUGCCAAUGGGGGAACCCACGAAUCGGCCUCACUGCUGGAACCCCAAUCACCCCAGAUCAGUGGUUUGAAACCAACGGUUAUAACGGGUGGUGGUGGUGGUGGUGUUGGCCAGAUAGGUCGUCGCACUGCGACUGGUUGCGCACCCACCUCGCCGAUUGUUCCAAUUGCGGAGGGACCUCACCCAGUAUCGCUAGGAGGUGCUGUGCCCCGAAAACGGAGGCUGGAAGCAUUUCUAAAAAGUCUAGUCGGGCGAAGGCCUUCGAAGGAACCUCCACCAACACCACCGGCACCGCCAGCACCUCCUCCUCCUCAUCCUCAAUUAAUCACUGCGACAAAUGUAACUGCACCCCCACUUUUACUAUCGCCAGAGAUUAAAAUCAGCAAGAGUCCUUCCGAACACAAUCUGGUCGAAAUGACGCGAAGCCGACUGAAUAUUUCCACUACUUCGCUGAGUUCCGUUCACCAGAAACUGUGGUCGGUAGUUCCACUGCUAAAAAAGGAUGUCAGCUGUAAUAGUCUCGCACCUCCGAAAACGGUUCCACUGUUGGGUUCGCAACCUGGAGGCUUGCGGAAAUGCGAAACAGUCCUCGCUCUAACCUCCACUACCCAAACGGUGGAGCCCAUCAAAGCGCAAAACCGUUUACGCCACUGCGUUUCGGUAGCCACGUGCUCCCGUUGUUCUAGUCUUUUGUCGCUCGCAGCCGCCGGGUCGCGCUACUCUCUGAACCUUUCCAGCGGAGGAUUCGUGGCGGUGGGUGGCAACAUCGAUGAAUCGUCGACUCAACCGGUCGCGGGAAGCGGAAAACACGUCGGCAGUUUACUCCGACUAACUAAAACCUCUUCCGAGACCUCGUCGUCAACUUCAUCACCCUGCGCUUCCUCAUCGUCACCGUCUGCGUCUCGUGCAUCUUCGGGACCAUCCUCGUCCUCUUCGCCGUCGUCCAGCAGUAGACUUUCCGUUACGUCGAGAGCUGCUAUGCUAGCACCACCCAGUCCUACCAUUGUAACCGGGAACCCGUUUAUGUUUUUACCGCCGGCUGGCAGUGCGCUCAAUCCGACGGUUAAGUUCACCUGUAAGUUGUGCCUCGGAGAGUUCCGGGCGGAGAAUCUCACCAGAAUAUCGCAGUGCGGCUGUUCGUUCUGCACGGAGUGCAUGACGGCGUACAUCGAGUUCGAGAUCUCCGAGGGUGCGUACGAGGUAUCCUGUCCGGAUGCGAUGUGCCCCGCCCAGGGAAUUAUUACCAUCGGUGAAAUUACAUCGCUGGCAUCGUCAUCGCUGGUGGAGAAACACCACCGUUAUCGACUGAAUAGAGAAGUGGAACUGGACAAAUUCCGCACCUGGUGUCCCCGGGCCGGUUGCGAAACAAUAUGCCUGGUUGGCCAGAACCAGUCGCAGCCGAGCAGCAACUCGUCUUCCGAUAGAAUAGUGCAAAUCCAACCAUCCUCAUCGAAUCUUCCGUCGCCGUGUGCCGUGCAUUGUCCUACCUGCCGGGAGGAUUUCUGCUCUGGCUGUAAGAAAGCUUGGCACCCGACAAUGUCCUGUGAGGAGAACACUCGCCGGCUAGCCGCCGACGGUCAGACCGACGCCCUCGGGAUCCCGUUCGACAAUGAUCUCAUCAAGUGCUGUCCAAUGUGCGCCGUUCCAAUCGAAAAGGACGAAGGCUGUGCGCAGAUGAUGUGCAAACGCUGCAAACACGUCUUCUGCUGGUACUGUUUGGCUAGUUUAGAUGACGAUUUCCUGCUACGCCACUACGACAAAGGACCGUGCAAGAACAAGCUGGGUCACUCGCGAGCCUCCGUAGUGUGGCAUCGAGCGCAAGUUAUUGGAAUUUUCGCCGGAUUCGGUAUAUUACUGUUGGUGGCAUCGCCACUCCUACUUCUAGCCGCUCCCUGUAUCGUGUGCUGUAAGUGUAGAAUUUGUAGUGGCGCUGCAAAGCUCGAGGAAGCCGAGGUGGACUACGACGAUGCGGCCGUGACGCUGCGCUGAGGUGAAGUUGUAAGGAUGCAUUUGUUUAGCGCGCGUUUAUGGUUAAAUUUGGGUCCCUGGAUGGGCAAUCCCAGUCGCUGCUUUGUUCGAUAACUUAAAAUAGAAAUAGUUGAAACAUUUAUUUGAAAUAUUACUCUGAUCAAAUUACUUUGGCUUGUUGUCAUUUUAGUAUGUUCAACUAAAGAAUUUAUUCUGGUUAGGUCAUUCUUAGACAGCAAUCUAACGAAAACCAUUCAGUAUGUUCGAUUAAGACUGCAAGGUGCGUAACAGAUUCUACCUCGUGCUUUUCAGUUAGCAAUUUUUCGUUAUUAGAUUACGAUUUGUUUUGGUUUGGCGUUUUGGUCAGGAUUUGUCUGUUUCAACUUACUUUUAGUGCAUUGGUUCUAAUCACGGGACACAUGAAUUGUUCAUACUGAUCCUUCCUGAUCGUAGUUUGAGCAGAUGUCGACUGUAUUAUGAGAUCAGUGUCGUAGCUGUUGAAUCAUAUUCUCCUUGAUUGGUUCAAAUAAUUUAGCAACUCUUAAAUCAAGCAACUCACGGAGCGUUCGAUUAAAUCUAGGGUUCGCAGUACCGACCCAUUUUGGCGAGAACCGGUACUGCGGUACUCCAGCCCCCAGUUCCGGUACUCGAAUAUUUUUUUCAAAUAAUUCGAGAAACGGUUCAAAGUGAAAUUGAUUGCUCAAACUGAUGUCUCAUUGCAGCAGGAGGUAUUUUUCGAAUGCGGCACCUUUUUUAUUUCUGAUCUAGGCCACCUUGAGUUCAAUAAUUGGUAAGCGACUUUCGUCGACUUGAACAUAUGGUAAAUCUAAGAAACCCUAUUAUCAACAGUAAAUCAAAGCGAGAAUGUAAAUACGUGUACGUCGAUCGCAUUUUCUUUCGCCAUUUUCGCUUUGCUGUAAAUUGGUUUCGACUUUUAUACAUACCAAGGCUCCUAAUUUCCUGUAAACUAUGGAGUUUUGCUGAAUUUUUCGAUCACCGAAAAUUACGAAUCGCUCAUAUAAAGCAGUUCACCAAUUCUAAAAUUGUAAGCUACUAAAUCGCUGUUCGUUCUUUUAUAGAUAAAGAUUUAAGGGCAAACCAAAUACAGGCAUGACUUAGGCCACAGUCUUAUUACGCGCCACCCAGUGAAUAAUUGGAACCAAUCAGAAUAUCACUAGUAAAAAAAUCAAAACAAAAUAAUACUCUUAUGCUAGAUGUGAAUACUUUGAAAUUUAGUAGAAGUUGGUUGAAGUUUUUAUUAAUAGUGCAGGAAUUUGAACAUUCAGAACAACGCGAGUCAACAAUAGUUAUCUUCUAGAAUUAUUAUGAUGAUUGUCCCACCUCAUUUCCCCACAAAGGCGUAAGCUGAUUGGUUUAUUUAAAACAUAAUUAAAUAUAAUUAAAAGCCACCUUGCAGACCUAUAUUUUGAAACGGGUCCCGCUAGAAAGUCUACAUAUUUUUCAUAAAAAAAAAUGUAUGGUACCGAAAAUACUGACUUUUUUUCGGUAGCGGUAUUACGGUACCCGGGAUUUUCGGUACCGGAAUUACCGGUACCACAACCCUAUUUAAAUCAAAUAGAGCUUCUGUGGCACCGGCAGCUCUGUACAUGCAGAAAAUGUUCUCAACAUCCGUUAGCCAUACUAAUAAUUCUGUUGGCUUGCCAUCAAAGCUUUGUAAAUCCCGCACAAAAUCCGGUAUUUUUCCUAAUUCUAUAAAUAGUUGCAUUGUCAAUGGUGCAACAACUGGAUUUGGAUUUGCCACUAUUUUUUUUUUAAAUAAAAGUUAAACCGAGAAUUUUUCUUACUUAUUUUGAUGCGGUUUUUUUUUAAUUAUAGUCCUAGGAUAUGAAAAUUGAUGAUUACUGAUCAAAGUGUUGAUACACUAGUUUUACCAGUGUUCUGGAGUUUCUUGGUUUUUCACACGAUUAAUCUAACAUUUGGAAUGGUAAAAAACUAUUAGUACUUACAUAAAGGACCGUGUCCUCGGUUUCUCCGGUAUAAGGUAAUCCGGUCUUCCUUUUGGCGUUCCACCAAGUGUCGGGAGAGAAGAGGCAGAUAUUUCAGGCUGCUCCGUUUUACUCUGCUGUUUCAUCUUCCACUGCGAACCCUAUUAUUGAUCGAAGUAAUUCACGGUAUCCUCGCUUUUCGCUUUGUGUCGGAUUUGACUAGUAUGUGGUUCCUUGGACCACCACUUCACUGUUUACAUUUUUACACUUUUUGCUUGGCUCUAGAGACCAGGUUGUAGGAUUUAUUCAUGAAAUGAUGUGUAUUUAUAUAAAUUGGCCCCAACUUCAGUUCAAUACUACCGACUCUGCAAAUCGCCACGGUGGUGCCAUACAUUGGGUCACACGUUGUCGUCGUUCAACAAAAAUACCUUGCUUGGCGAUUUCUAUGUUUGCCUGUUGACUUGUGGAGCUUUGACUGGCUUUGAGUUGCUUCAUCGCUCUCUGGCGUAUUCGUAAUGUUUGGACUUUAGAGGUUUUCUAUCUCCUGGGUUUUCGGCGUAUAGUUUUAUCAGCUUCUGCAACUUUUGGAUUGCUGAAUUCUACGCUUUAUUCUGUUUCUCAAACUCAGUCAUCAUUUCUGUUUCUGAUUUGAGUUGGAUUAUGAUGAUAUCGGUUUCAUUUGUCAGCCAAUGUGUUUCUUCAUUUCUGUUAUGUAUCGCUUUCGUCUUUAUUUUUCUUUAUUUUCUCCUUUUUUUCACGUCCUAAAAUUGUUUUUCUAUUUUUUUAUCAUUUCGCCCUAAAAUUUGUUUUGGUUUGGUUUUUAAAGAUACCCAUUUCAUUUUUCAUCCUUUCCCAUCUCCUCUCUGCUUUAUCUGGUUCCAAGACUUGCUCUUCUCUUUCCGUCGUCAAAUGUACUUUCUAGAUUUUUCUUAGCGACCUCUGUGUAUUGAGUUUUUUUAAUUUUGACUUUUUUCACUUCGCGUUAUGAUAAUCUAUAUUCCACCCUAAUUUUAUUAGUUUGGGUUCCCAUACUCCAGUUUGAGCUCUGCUGGGUCGGCGUUCUUAAUCUACUUCGGCACAGUUUAUACAUAAAGGGUUGUCAUUAUAUUCUUUGCCGUGAUAAAUUUUGCUACAAUUGAAACAUCUUUUAUCGCCUUGCACAUUUUGCUGAAGUGACCAAAUUGCAGGCAUACAUAGCAUCGCUUGGUCACGAGUAGUACGGUAGAGUAGCAUAACGUACAAGUACGAUUUUCACAUGCUUAGAGUGGUUUUUUUUUUUAUUAUCACGGGUGACAGCUUGUCUAAGGGUUUUUCUACUUCAGUUCUUUUAAUCAUCAUGUACCUUCCUGUAGUUCUAGGUUGACCUAGAAUGGGGAAGUCAAUUCCUCGUCGUGUGCUGGAGGCGGUGAGGUCACCUGCGGAACUUAAUAUACUACCCUUCUGCAGGAGGUUGGUAACCCCGCAUCGUACUAAUUAAAAAUAUGUCUGCUUUACUGAAUUUAAGUAGAUAAAAAAAUAUAAUUUAUUGCAACUAAUCACUUACACGUUAUAACUAAGACUGAAAAAUAAUGUUCCCUUUCGGCCUAUAUAUAACUUCAGCCAGGCGAUGUAACCAGCUGCGCUUUUCAGAACACCUGUUGUUACUGCUUUUCUUAGAGCGCGCAUGUUGUUGUCUCGGCCUGCUUCCAGUCAAUUAGCACAUGUUGUCGUCUGGGAACGAUGCGUGUGAACCAGCUAACUCCUCCCUUCUUAAAUAACUUUGCCAUCAAAGUUUUUAAUGCUUCUUUUUGAUACCGGCAUAUUGAUAUACUGGUUGAGUUCCUUGAAUCUUUCGAUAGACAAAUCUGGAAAUGGUGAAUUUGGAAGAGCCUCGGAAAUGGAGAAAUUCGAUGAAACUUUUGGAGUAGGUAUCUCAAUUGGGACAGAUGGUGAUACAUUGACAUCUACGGUUGUUUUAUUAUAUCUCCAUGAUAGUACACAGUAAUAAUUUUCAUAGAAAUAACCAAUAUUCCAAUGCCAUUUUUUUUUAUUUUUCAUAUCUUCGGUAUACACCGUACAGACGAUUUUUAAAACUAUAUAUUUCUUAUGAGUAACUUAUAUCUAUGCUUGGAAAUCUUACGUGCAUGUCAACAGUCUUUCGAGAGCUCCAGUUGGUAUCAUAUUCAACAGACAAAUAAUGAACAAAUUUAAUAAUACUCUACAACAUAUUGUAAACAUUAACAACAUUAACGACGUUACAAUUCAUUCAAAACAACUCAGCACAAUAAGAAAAACAUUUCACUUGUUGCCUAGAAUUAUAAGCGAGUUGAUUCCCAAUAGGCAGGUUUCCAUGUUGAGUUGCGUAAACUGAUGAAUUCUCGGUGUUUCACUCCCGGAGGCCAAGUAGAAUUUUUCAUUGCUACCGAUUUCCAUUUCUUGCAUACGACGACUUUAAAUGAUGCAAAGUCAAGAGUUUCACAGUUCUUCCAUUUGGGUACUAACUUUUUAACUUCCACCUCAUCGGCCUCAGUAAGGCUUAGCGAUUCAGAUACCAUACAGCUAACAUCACUUUCAGUUGCACACCCGUCAAUGUUCGUAAGGAAUAGAGCGAACUUUUUUCCUUCCUGCAGCGAGUCGGUCAGAUCUGGAACAACCGAUCGGUGAAUACUGCUUAUAUUCGAUUCCAUUGCUUUCCGCGUAGUCGAAACUGGCGUAGAGUUACGUUCAGCAUGAGAGUUUGGUUGUUCGUUCAACGAGAGAGCGUAUAUUAGGGUAAUUUUAUCGUUCAUGCAUUUUAUUUGCUCCUCCAUCUGCUUCGGUAGACUGGAAGGCUCAACCAAAUACCGCGUCUUGUGGAAAAAACACAGACAUUCGUCACAAAGCCAUAUUAAAUUCUUGCUGAGGCUGUAAAUAUUCAUUUCACCAAGUCCAACACACUGGGCGUGAAAACCUUGCUUACAUCGGCCCUCACACAUCGCGUACAGUUCACCACCAACAAUAGGUAAAGAACACUUUUGGCAACUCAUCGCAAUACGUAUUCGUUGGUAUACAACAACACAAAGCCGGCCAGUAAUGUGUGAUAGAUGCAGUCUGUUUUCAGUUCACUUUUGAAUUAUAAUUGCGGACGUUUUCACUAGGAUCAUUCCAAGCUAACUGGUGCCUUGUAUGAUCCGGAUAUCAGCAACUAAAUAUUUCGCGGGUCCGAAAACAACAAAGUAGUUUAUCACCUCAUAAAAGCCAAAAAAAUUCAGAGCGUCGAUGUACUUCCCGAAACAACAACAGAUUAUGAUCCUUUUAUGUUAAGUUUCCAUUUGAAGUAAUCAUUUUGUAAAUAGACAUGUUAUAGUAUCUUUCUGUGCUUCAAUGUCAAGUUUCCCAAAAAUUCUGGUGGUGGUAUAUCCACUAAAUUUGUUUAGAAGACAGUUAAUCCAGUAGUUGGUCUGAAUGAUUUACUACUAACUUCCAUUACCAAAUUGGUAUAGCGACUGUUAUCUAAUUCUAGUUCACAUUUUUCGAACUGAACUGAAUAAUUGGAUCUAACCAGACCAGCACUUGUUUUUUAAUUUUGGACAACUGAAUCAAUAUAUUCGUAAUCGUAUGUCUGCUCAUAUAGUUGGGGGAUUUUACUCAUAUAUAUAACAUGAGUUGAGUUCAUUGAAACCUGAGCAUUUGAUUUUGAUAAUAAUUGCUCGAACGAAUUUACAGUAAUUUUAUGUUCUUCCAAACAUUUUCUGAUCUAUUCAAAAUCCUUAGUAUUUAAAAUUCUGCUGCUUGGUAUUCCAUGUUUAGCUAAUAAGAUAGCAUCUUCAAUCAUCUCAAUAUAACGUUGAACGGUAUCGAUGUUUAAUAUGGCAG